UUGGUGCAGGGUACAGCAUCGUGGUGUGUCCGAAUCUUUGAAAGGAGGGUCUUCAGCCAAGAAAAGCAAACUACAACUUCCUUCAAACGCGUGUACAUAGUUGAAGUCCCACUACCAUACAACACAUCUAUUUUCAGUUCUCACCCCUCUACAACGUCGCCGUUAUGGAACGCAGGAAAACCCUGUGCGAGGAGUCUCUCGAAAGAAAAAUGCGGUGAAUCGCUGGCACAACAACAUCAUUACCGUACACCUUAUCAUCAGAUUACUCAGAUGAUCAGUACGAAGAAGACUAUCCGAAACUCCUUGGAUAGCUUGCAGCGAAUGUCAUGCUUUCACUUCGUUCCGCGCUCCAGUGAGCGGGAUUUUCUGGCCUUCAUGCCACUGGAUGGAUGUUAUUCCUAUGUGGGAAAAGUCGGUAAGGACAUAAUCACAUCGAUGGUUACCUAA